CCUCAGUCUUUCAUCCCGCGCCGUUACGAAAGCGCGACCCCCCUCCCCCCGGAGCUUUAUAUAAUGCGGCCGGGCGGCCCCCGCUCGCCUCCCUAGCUCCACGCGCGCCCGGACCCGCGACCAGGCUUGAGCGCAGCUCCCGACCGGCGGACUCCCGAGCAAGAUGGAGUGGGUGUGGGCGCUGGUGCUACUGGCGGCGCUGGGCAGCGCCCGGGCGGAGCGCGACUGCCGGGUGAGCAGCUUCCGAGUCAAGGAGAACUUCGACAAGGCUCGCUUCUCCGGCACCUGGUACGCCAUGGCCAAGAAGGACCCCAAGGGCCUCUUUCUGCAGGACAACAUCGUCGCCCAGUUCAUGAACGAGAAUGGCCACAUGACAGCCACGGCCAAGGGCCGAGUCCGUCUCUUUAAUAAUUGGGACCUGUGCGCAGACAUGCUGGGCACCUUCACAGACACCGAGGACCCUGCCAAGUUCAAGAUGAAGUACUGGGGCGUAGCGUCCUUUCUCCAGAAAGGAAACGAUGACCACUGGAUCAUUGACACGGACUACGACACCUAUGCUGUGCAGUACUCCUGCCGCCUCCUGAACUUCGAUGGCACCUGCGCCGACAGCUACUCCUUCGUGUUCGCCCGUGACCUGAACGGCUUUUCCCCGGAGGUGCAGAAAAUCGUGAGGCAGAGGCAGGAGGAGCUGUGCCUGGCCAGGCAGUACCGGCUGAUCGUUCACAAUGGUUACUGUGAUGGCGAAUCAGAAUGAAAUAUUUUGUAGCAACAUGGAGGGUGUCGUUUCAUUAGGAAACUUCCCAUUAACUCACUCAGCCUUCAACUCUUAGAGUUUAGUUUGCACCGCUCUCUUCCCCUCCCCUCCCCUCCCCUCCCCUCCCCUCCCCUCCCCUCCCCUCCCCUCCCCUCCCCUGCGUAAACAUAAAACAUUCAGUACACGUAAAAAUAUAUGUGGGGAUAAGUGAAUCUCUUUGCACUCAAAUGUCUGUGUUCCCUGGAGUUUUCUAAGGAAUCAUUUGAGGAUUAGGACUCCAGACGCUGAUUUAUUAAAAUAUGUAUAGUUACCUAU